ACAACGGAGCCGGAGGGCACCACCAGUUUUCAAAUCGACGAGACCACAGUUGUUGAGGCGAAUGAUGAGUCUGCUACUGUUCCGGAGGCUAUCCCCCUGCUGGAAGCAAUUUCGAAGCAGCAGCAGUUGGAGUUUCAAAAAUUGAAAGUAGAAUCGGUUGAAGAUGAGGCGUCAAUAAAAACAACUUCACCCGAGACAGCAAUCAACGAGCAAACAACAACAGCUGAUGACGAUAAUACAACAAUCGAAACCAAAACAAUUGCCAACGAAAAGGUUGAUACAACAACAGCGAAAGAAGCAGUCGAAAAGAGCGAAAAGUCAGUAGAAGCAACAACAGCUACAGAAACAACCACACAACCGUUAACCAGUGCAGUCGCAUUGUCAUCAACAAUAAUCGCAACAACAACAACAACGAAAAUACACUUAACCACCACUCCAAGUACGGACCGGUUUCGUAGCUCACCCGCCGCCGCUGUCGUCGCGCCUAUCCGCAUUGCUACGGACAAACAAGUAUCCGACGUUGUCAAGUCAGCCACCGCUCCGACCACGGAUGCGACUAUUGGCGAGGAGACAGCGCCGUCAAGUAUCGACGUCGUGAGUGAUGUGCCGAGGAGUGGCAACAACGAUCUAGUGAAUGUCGCUGCCGCGAGCAGCAUCAAGACCAGCGACACCAAAAAUGACAGCCGCACUAAGAAUAAAAACAAUAAGAAGCCGCCAGCGCGCAUUGCAGCGUCAGCGAAGGCAACGAUGGCGGCGAGCGAAAUAAAUAUUGAACAAGAAUUGCGAAUGAUUAAUGAAUUGGUGAAGGGCAAGCGACAGUUGGCCGCGUUGAAAAUGGCAGCUUUAAAGGCAACAACAAUGACACAAGCAGCAACAUCAGCACAAAAAACCACUGCCAGCGAACCAAAGUUGGUGGUGAAAAAAUCCGCAAACGCGGCUGAGAAUGAACAGAAUGCGCGUGGCGUGGCGGCGGUUGAGGUGCGGCACGAUGUUGAUGAAACAACAACUAAAGUGGCGACAGUAACGGCUGAAACCACAACAGUGGUCAACUCGCCCCUGGUUGCGGCCAGUGGCAGCAAAAACGAGGUUCUACAUACGACAGCAACAACAACAACUGAUGGAACCAAAGCAGCUACACAAAAAGAGGCGACGGCUAAAAUGGAAAGUGGUAGCCAGCCAGCAGAAACCACAACAGUGGAAAACACUACAGCGGCGGAGGCACUUAGUAAGAUCGUUGAGCUUGCGACCACAACAGCAACAGCAACAGCAGCAGCAAGUGCAGAGCCUGAUUUUGAGGCCGAGGCCACGGCGCCAAGCGUAGAAGCAACUGGUGCGACACUUUGGUCGCGGAUUAUGCCUCUAUUUGGCUUUGGCGUAACAGCGGUGGAAACCGGAGCUAAAGCUGGAGCCGCACCAACAGCAGCAGCAACAACAACAGCAGUGCCAGCGGCCGAGGAAUUAGCUGGAGGCGCUGCAAUUGGUAGUAUUAGUAGUAGUAAUCGAUUUAGU